AUUUCCUUAUCUCAUGAACAGCUAUGGUCUCACCAAUUUGUGAAGACCCCCGGGAAAACCACAUCAAACAAUGUACAGGAAAUCAUCGAAUCUCGAGUUGAGAAGCGCACUAAGGGAACAUUUGUGCCUAUAGGCGGAACAAAGCUUCUAACUUUUAUUGACGACUUCAACAUGCCUGCUAAGGACAUAUUCGGUUCUCAGCCGCCUCUUGAACUGAUUCGUCAGUGGCUUGACUACGGCUGCUGGUAUGAUCGUGUGAAGCGAAAUGUACACAGGAUAAAUGGCAUGUACCUGUUAACCGCAAUGGGCCCGCCUGGUGGAGGUCGGAUGGAGAUUUCGCCACGGUUGCAGUCACGCUUUAAUCAAAUUGUCAUCACAUUCCCAACUGAUGCAAAUCUAAAACGAAUUUUUGGUAGCAUGAUCAACCAGAAGUUGCUGGACUUCGAAGAGGAAGUAAAGCCAAUUGGAGAUCUUCUGACAGAUGCGACUAUAGAACUCUACUCUGCAGUUAUCCAACGCUUCUUACCGACUCCAACCAAAAUGCAUUACCUUUUUAAUCUUAGAGACAUAUCUAAAGUAAGUCAGCGUGUAUUAUUUGGCCAUUAA